ACCAGCUUUAUUUCUCCUCCUUCAUGGCCAACGCAAGAGCAAUGCUUCUUUUUCUCUACCUGUUCUGUUCCUCUCUUUUCUCCAUUGUUUCGUCCAGGAACCUUUACAGAGACUUUGAUAUUACAUGGGGAGAUAACCGCGCCAAGAUUCUCAACAGUGGCCAGCUACUCACUCUUUCGCUUGACAAGACGUCGGGCUCCGGCUUCCAGUCGAGGCAUCAGUACCUCUUCGGCAAAAUAGAUAUGCAGAUCAAACUCGUUGCCGGCGACUCCGCCGGCACUGUCACUGCCUACUAUUUAUCAUCUCAGGGCCCGACUCAUGACGAGAUUGAUUUCGAAUUCUUAGGGAAUCUGAGCGGCGAUCCUUAUACUCUGCAUACUAACGUGUUUACCCAGGGAAAAGGAAAUAGAGAGAUCCAGUUCCGUCUCUGGUUCGAUCCAACGCGAGAUUUCCAUACAUACUCUGUUCUCUGGAAUUCCAGACACAUUAUAUUCAUGGUUGACGGAACGCCCAUCAGAGUAUUCAACAAUCUGGAAAGAACCGGCGUACCAUUCCCUAAGACCCAGCCCAUGAGAAUCUACUCGAGCCUAUGGAACGCUGACGACUGGGCUACAAGAGGCGGCCUUAUCAAGACAAACUGGUCUCACGCUCCCUUCAUUGCUUCAUACCGCAACUUCAAAGCUGACGCCUGCGUCUUCGUCGCCGGAAAGUCGAGGUGCCCAUCGAGAAAGAUGGCCGGCGGCGGUGGUAGCGGAGGAGCUUGGAUGUUGUACAAGAUGGAUUUGGAGAGCCGGAGGAGAAUGAGAUGGGUGCAGAGGAACUGCAUGAUAUAUAACUAUUGUGCUGAUCGCAAGCGAUUCCCGCAGGGACUUCCUCCAGAGUGUUCCGUGGCGGCAUGAAAAGGACAGAUGGGUUAUUCUUUGAUUCUUUGUUGGUUUUGUUGUUCCUUUUAAUUAUUUGCAUUGUAACGUGGGUCAAAGGUAAUAUGAAAUAAAUGAGUGUAACGCGAAAUUAUUUUGUGCAGUCUUGGAGAUGAAUGAGAAUGUACUGUUAUGUACUGGAUGAUGUGGCACAUUCUGAUUCUCCUCCGGACUGUCCGGUGACCGCACAAAAUAAUUUAUGCAUAGUAACAUUCAAAUGUUGUACAUAAAAUAAACUAGAGUGAUCUAGCUUUGAGAGUUAAGCUACCAUGAGGUAUUGUAUCUAUUUUUCUUUAGAUCGGCUAAGUAUCUAUCGAAGAAUGAGAUAAGUUCCCAA